UCAUGACACACAGCAGCAUCAUGGUGGAUGUAGGAAAGUGGCCAAUAUUUACCUUACUGUCACCUCAAGAAAUAGCAUCUAUUCGGAAGGCAUGUGUAUUUGGUACAUCAGCCAAUGAAGCUAUAUACAUAACGCACAAUGAUGAGGUAUUCGUUUUUGGACUGAAUUGCAGUAAUUGUUUGGGAACUGGAGAUAAUCAGAGCACAAUAGUACCAAAGAAAUUAGAAGCCUUAUGUGGAAAGAAAAUUUCCAGUCUCAGUUAUGGAAGUGGACCCCAUGUUGUACUUUGCACUGAAGAUGGUGAAGUAUAUGCUUGGGGACAUAAUGGUUACAGCCAGCUUGGGAAUGGCACAACCAAUCAGGGCAUUACUCCUGUUCAAGUUUGCACAAAUCUGUUAAUAAAGAAAGUGGUGGAAGUAGCCUGUGGCUCUCAUCAUUCUAUGGCGCUGUCAUUUGAUGGGGAUCUGUACGCUUGGGGCUAUAAUAACUGUGGUCAAGUUGGAUCUGGAUCUACAGCAAACCAGCCAACUCCUCGCAGAGUUUCGAACUGUUUACAGGGUAAAAUGGUAGUUGGCAUUGCUUGUGGUCAGACUUCCUCCAUGGCUGUAGUGAACAAUGGUGAGGUUUAUGGCUGGGGUUACAAUGGUAAUGGUCAGCUGGGUCUUGGAAACAAUGGCAAUCAACUAACACCAUGCAGAGUGGCAGCCUUACAUGGUGUGUGUAUCCUCCAGAUUGCCUGUGGCUAUGCGCACACACUAGCACUAACAGAUGAGGGUUUGCUCUAUGCCUGGGGAGCUAACACUUACGGGCAGCUGGGAACUGGCAAUAAAAGUAACCAGCUAAGCCCGGUGCAGAUCAUGAUGGAAAAAGAAAGGGUUGUGGAGAUUGCAGCCUGCCACUCUGCUCAUACGUCGGCUGCCAAGACCCAGAGUGGCCAAGUGUACAUGUGGGGCCAAUGCCGCGGGCAGUCAGUGAUACUUCCCCACCUCACUCACUUUGCCUGCACCGACGAUGUGUUUGCUUGCUUUGCUACCCCAGCUGUUAUGUGGCGUCUUCUAUCCGUAGAGCAUGAAGACUUUUUAACAGUAGCAGAAUCUCUGAAGAAAGAGUUUGACAGCCCAGAAACUUCAGACCUAAAGUUCCGUGUGGAUGGAAAGUACAUCCAUGUUCACAAAGCUGUUCUGAAAAUCAGGUGUGAACACUUCAGAACAAUGUUCCAGUCAUACUGGAAUGAGGAUAUGAAGGAAGUGAUAGAAAUAGACCAGUUUUCUUAUCCUGUGUAUCGUGCCUUUCUUGAGUACUUGUAUACAGACAGUGUUGACCUUCCGCCUGAAGAUGCAAUAGGGCUUUUGGAUUUGGCUACUUCAUACUGUGAAAAUAGACUGAAAAAACUGUGUCAGCACAUUAUCAAGAGAGGAAUUACUGUGGAAAAUGCAUUUUCAUUGCUCUCUGCUGCUGUCAGAUAUGAUGCAGAGGACUUAGAGGAAUUCUGCUUUAAGUUUUGUGUCAAUCAUUUGACGGAAGUGACACAAACUACAGCAUUUUGGCAAAUGGAUGGUCCCCUGCUAAAGGAAUUCAUUGCUAAAGCCAGUAAAUGUGGAGCCUUUAAGAACUGA